CUUUCUGCAUCCAUGUUUCGAAAGCCUUGGAUAUCCAGCUGUUUGCAAAAUGUCAGAUAUUUGGAACAGGAAGAUUUUGACAAAGAGAAUUUGUUUACGUAUAAAACUCCAAGAUUACUCCAGAGCAGGAGGAGGACUUUAAGUUUUCAGAAAGAGUUUUCGUUUGAAGAUAAAGAAGACUUUUCAAACAGCACUAAAGAUAUUGAUGCCAGUCUUUUAGCAGUGUUGCCAAAAGUUUCUGAAUUAAGAAAACUCUUUGAACCAAACAGACAGGAUAUUUUGGAAAUGAAAAGGAAAGAGAGGAUAGCUAGGCGUUUAGAAGGAAUUGAAAAUGAUGUUCAACCUGUUCUUUUGCAAAAUUGUCCUGGGUUGGUCACCCAUCGUUUGUUAGAAGAGGAUACACCAAGAUACAUGCGUGCAACUGAUCCAUAUAGCCCUCAUUUUGGAAGAACAAAUGAAAAGGAAUUUUCAGAUUCUCUAUUAGAAAAUCAGCCUAGAUCCAGGCAUCAAGCAGAAUCCACUGCAGGAAAAACAAAAACCCCUUCUUACAGCCCCUUAGUCAUGGAUCCCCAAGGACUUGAAUCCAAAGCUGAGAGGAUAGCUAGGUACAAGGCAGAAAGACGUCGACAACUGGCUGAAAAGUAUGGACUCUCCAUCGAUUCAGAUGUGGAUUCAGAAUAUUUAUCCAAAUUCACAAGGACAAAGAAGGACCAAGAUGUGUCUGAGAAGAAAGUAUUGAAAAGUGGGAAAAAAGAGGAUGAAAGUAAAGAUCACAGUUUUCCAUAUUCAUUGAGAUUUGAGAAUAAGGAGCUGAGGAAUGCUGCUUCUGAGUCAAAGGAGUUUCCUGCCCAUGAUGACAAAGAGAGUUCUCCGGAAAGAGAAAAACUUCAUUUGAAUGAAGACAGCGAACGAAAAGCCCCUGAAUCUGGUUUGAGCAAAUACAAUAUGCCCUCUGCAUCAGAGAAUUCCACAGGUUUCUCACUUCAGGGCUAUGACUUUUCCAUAAAUGAAGUGCCAAGUUUACCAAAACAAACUCAAAGUGUUUCCCUUUCCUCAACAAAGCCAGGAACAUCACUAAGUCCUUCCCUGACUGACCCCAAAUUAGGUAGUACAGGGAAAACAAAAGCCGAUUGGUUUCUUCAGAAAGAUUCAGAUGGGGACACAACUUCACUGAUCAACUGGCCCUCCAGAGUAAAAGUUAGAGAGAAACUGGUGAAAGACGAAAGUGCUCGUGGAAGCCUUGAACUUCUCACAGACACUAUGUCUCAAAGAAAAUUUCUCCCAGUACCGGUUAAUGUUGUGCCUCUUCAGUCAGAAACAUCUGCUUUCCAUAGGGUUGCCAGUAAGCCAUUUGAUUUAGCCUGCCAACCAGCUCAUGGCUAUGUUCAGCCUGCUGGAAUUGCUCAUACAGCCCAAUUGGUGGCACCUGAAGAACCGGAAAGAAAUCCCACUAGCAGGAUUCCCAUACAGGCCAAUGCCAGCUUCAUAACUAGAUUCCCACCAGAUGCUAUGAUGGACAAUGAGAAAUGUUCCUUGAUUCAGAAAUAUGGAUCAUCCAAGCUUGAUUAUUCUGGAUUGGAGGCUGAGAAGGAAAGACAAGCAGUUCGACCUUCGGAGUUGCACAGGCAAAUGAAGAGUAGAGAGGCCUACUGUGGAGAAGAUGGAUUUAAGAAGGAUUCAAUUGUGAAGCUAAAGUCUGUGAAAGUUGAGAAGGAUCUAAAGAGCUUUAAGGAGUGGAUGCCUGAACCUAAGAUGAAGAUUCAUGAGAAUGUUGAGAAAACCGAAAAGGUUAUGUAUCUUCGAAGUGCUAGAGGGAGUGUUCAGGCCCCUGAAGAAAUUACUGUGAAACCUAAAUUCCUUACACGCUCCCUAUCUGAUCACACUGGAUCUCCUAAACUAGAAGUUUUCAAAAGUAAAGAGCAUGUUGCAAGGAACAUCAUGCAGUUUCAAAGCAUUGAAGGAAAGAUCCCCAAUGGUGAGAUUUCUGUGGUUGAUACAAAAGUCUCUGUGGCCCAACUCCGUAAUGCCUUUUUGGAAACUGCUAAUGCCAAGAAGAAACCUGAACUUGGGUCUCAGUGUGAGAUGCAAACAUCAGGUACUGAUUUGUCGAGCAGUGCUCAAAGCGAAAAAAGGUCACGAAGGCCAAGGCGGUAUUUUUCUCCUGAGGAAAAUAGAAAGACUUCUGAGAGAUUUAGGACUCAGCCCAUAACUUCAGCAGAGCGAAAGGAAACAGAUUGGUCCACUUUCAAUCCAGAAAUGCCAUCUCCUGAAGAUGAAGAGAAAUUAGAUGAAAGAGCUAAGCUGAGCGUUGCUGCAAAGAGGUUGCUUUUCAGAGAAAUGGAAAAAUCACUUGAUGAUAAAAGUGUUCCAAAACCACAUUCAAGAAACUCUGCUGUGGAGAGAAGGUUAAGACGGAUGCAAGACAGAUCACACACGCAACCUGUUACAACGGAAGAGGUGGUCAUUGCUGCUACUGAAUCUACCCCUGCCUCAUGUACUGUGAAUACCCACACUGUAGUGGCAAGAAUACCUAAUCCCACUAUAGUUAAGAGCACUGUACAUCCUACCAGGUUGCAAGCAUCUGCCCACCAAAAAACAUCAGCCAGAGAAGAAAUAAAGGAAGCCCAAGAUACUGCUGAGCAAGAUCAGUCUGGAGAACCAGAUUCUUCAACCCUGAGUUUGGCUGAAAAGAUGGCCUUAUUUAAUAAAUUGUCUCAACCGAUAACAAAGGCAGUCUUUGUAAAGAAGAGAGGGGAUCUUAGACAGAGGAGAUCGAAAGCUCGUUAUCAAACUCAGCCUGUCACUCUUGGAGAAGUUGAGCAGGUACAAAGUGACAGUGAGAAGAUCACUCCUCUGUCUCCAACUACCAUAACAUCUGUAUCAAACAUGGUAUCUGCCUUGUCACCAUUAUUUAGUAAAGAUCUCCAUCUGAAGGCAGCAGAAGAUCCGAUGGUCGGUAAAUCUGAUUUCAAAUACCACUCUUCAAUGGAAAGCAUGGAUUUGUCAUUAAAAAACACCCUGAAAACAGAAUUGUGGCAGCCUUCAUUAGAAAUAAGAGAGAACAAUCAGCAGUUGAGAGACCAUGAAGAAGCAGAGCCCAAAGAAUUUGCAAAAUGGGAAAUGAAUGGUGUAAGAAAGCAUAGCUCCAUUGAGGAAGAGCCCCCACAUCCUGUUCCUGAUAAAACAGUGGACUACAACAAAAAGAUAAAAUAUGCAUUUCCAAGAAAAAACAGCAUGGAAUUGCUUAGCCUACACUCUCUUUGUGAGCGUACUGAAGAAAAGGUCACUGACAUCCUGCCAGAGAAACAAGGAGUCAAAGGGCAGUCCUUUGAGGAGAUGAUGGAGUGGGAAGGAAUUGUCAUGGACUCAACACUGCGAAAAGAGAUUGGUGAACCAUCUUCAGAGUUUAGAGCAGCUGCAACAGAAAGUGCUUCUCAAUCAGCAGCAAUGCUAUCCUGUAGGCAACAGGAAACCUUUGAGCUGUUAGGAAAAGAAGGCUUUAGUGACAGUAAAGCUGAAAUAACAGAGGACACCCUUGAUGCAUCCAGCAAAACUAUGUCCAUUAAAGAAAGGCUGGCACUCCUAAAGAAAAGAGGUGAGGAAGACUGGAGAAACAGAUUGAAUAAAAAAACGGAGUAUGGACGAGCAUCAGGCACCGAACGUAGCCUUCAGCUACAGGAGAGGGAGCAACAACUAUUUACAAAAAAGGAAGAAGGAGGAGGUUCAGAUGCUAAAGCCAUAUCUAAGCUGCUUUGGGAACCUGUCUAUGCUUCUACUUAUUCUCCUGCUAUACUUGCUGCCCAUAAACUUCAUUCCUUCAUACCUAUUAAUCAGGUCAAUAGUGCUAGUUUGAGACAGCCAACCUCCAUGGAGCUUGAACAUCACCCUUGGAGAUGGAAGAAGGAUGUGGAUAGCUGUGAAAAUCAAAUGACAAUUGAAGAAAGAAAGCAGUUAAUAAGUGUUCGAGAAGAAGCUUGGAAAGCUAAAGGCAAAGGAGCAUCAAAUGAUUCUACCCAGUUUACAGUGGCUGGCAGAAUGGUAAAGAAAGGCUUAGCAUCAUCAAGUGCCAUCGUUCCAGUGACAUACCCUUUCUGCAACAGACUAAAAUCAACCACACAUAUUUCAAAACCCCUGGAAGAAAUUGAAGCAAGACCAGAUAUGCAGUUAGAAUCAGACCUGAAGUUGGAUAAACUGGAAACUUUCUUAGGAAGACUCAACAACAAAGUUGCUGGAAUGCAGGAGACUGUCCUGACAGUCACAGGAAAAUCUGUGAAAGAAGUAAUGAAAUUGGAUGACGAAGAAACAUUUUCCAAAUUUUACCGAUGCACAAAUUUUCCAACUCCCUCUUUGCCUAUGGAGUUGGAUGAAGACUUUGAUGCCAUAUUUAAUCUUGAUUUGCCAAAGUUGAUUUCUUCAGUAACAGAGCACAAACGGGCUGUGAGGCCUACACGCAAAGUCCAGGCUUCCAAGAAUCCUUUAAAAAUGCUAGCAGCAAGAGAGGACAUUCUUCAUGAAUACACGGAGGAGAGAUUAAAUGUGGCCUUCAUGGAGUCAAAGCGGAUGAAAGUUGAAAAAAUGUCUGGAAACUCAAAUUUCUCAGAAGUAGCACUUGCUGGUUUAGCGAGUAAAGAGAACUUCAGCAAUAUUAGUCUGCGUAGUGUCAAUUUGACGGAGCAGAAUUCAAACAACAGUGCAGUCCCGUACAAGAAGCUGAUGCUCUUACAGAUCAAAGGAAGAAGACAUGUCCAAACUAGAUUAGUUGAACCAAGGGCUUCAUCACUUAACAGCGGUGACUGUUUCUUGCUACUCACGCCACAGUUUUGCUUCCUGUGGGUAGGAGAGUUUGCAAACGUCAUAGAAAAAGCCAAGGCUUCAGAGCUUGCAGCUUUAAUUCAGACAAAGCGAGAACUUGGCUGCAGAGCUCCUUAUAUACAGACCAUAGAAGAAGGCAUCAAUACUCAUACUCAUGCAGCCAAAGAAUUCUGGAAACUCCUUGGUGGGCAAACAAGCUAUCAGGAGGUUGGAAGACCAGAGGAAGAUGAGAUGUAUGAAGCUGCAAUAAUAGAAACAAAUUGCAUUUACCGGCUUGUUGAUGAUAAACUUAUUCCUGAUGAUGACUACUGGGGGAAGAUGCCAAAGUGUACAUUGCUAAACUCAAAAGAGGUCUUGGUGUUUGACUUUGGUAGUGAAGUAUAUGUUUGGCAUGGGAAAGAGGUCACACUGGCACAAAGGAAAGUUGCCUUCCAGUUAGCCAAACAUUUAUGGAACGGGACUUUUGACUACGCCAAUUGUGACAUCAAUCCCUUAGAUCCUGGUGAAUGUAAUCCUCUUAUUCCAAGAAAAGGACAAGGGCGGCCAGACUGGGCCAUUUUUGGCAGACUCACAGAACACAAUGAGACAAUACUAUUUAAAGAAAAAUUUCUUGAUUGGACUGAAUUGAAGAAACUUGCUGAGAGGAAUUCCACUGAAUCCACUCAGAAGGAAGAAACCAGAUCUGACACAAAACCAUAUGAUGUCAUGCUCAUGGUCCCCGUCCCCCAGGCAACCGUUGGUACUGUCUUGGAUGGGAUGAAUAUUGGCCGUGGCUAUGGUUUCAUUGAGGGAGACGAUGGGAGACAAUUCGAAAUUAUCACCAUCUCUGUGGACGUCUGGCACAUCUUGGAAUUUGAUUAUAGUAGGCUUCCUAAACAAAGUAUUGGGCAAUUUCAUGAAGGCGACACAUAUGUUGUCAAGUGGAAAUACCUAGUGAGCACUUCAGUUGGAAGCAGACAAAAGGGGGAUUUACAGACGAGGGUCGUUGGCAAAGAGAAAUGUGUAUAUUUCUUUUGGCAAGGGAGACAUUCUACUGUCAGUGAGAAGGGGACUUCUGCCUUGAUGACUGUGGAACUUGAUGAAGAAAGAGGAGCUCAGGUGCAAGUUCUUCAAGGAAAAGAGCCUCCAUGUUUUCUUCAGUGUUUUCAAGGUGGAAUGAUUGUUCAUACAGGAAGAAGGGAAGAGGAAGAAGAAAAUACACAAAGUGAUUGGCGACUGUAUUGUGUUCGAGGAGAAGUUCCUGUUGAAGGGAACUUGCUUGAAGUAGCCUGCCACUGCAGCAGCCUAAGAUCUAGGACUUCAAUGAUUGUUCUCAAUAUCAACAAAGCCCUUAUUUAUUUGUGGCAUGGAUGCAAAGCCCAGCCACAUACUAAGGAAGUAGGAAGAACAGCGUCCAACAAAAUAAAAGAACAAUGUCCGUUGGAAGCAGGAUUGCACAGUAGUAGCAAAGUGACAAUACAUGAAUAUGAUGAAGGAACAGAGCCAAUGGGAUUCUGGGAUGCCUUAGGAAGAAGAGACCGAAAAGCCUAUGACUGCAUGUUGCAAGAUCCUGGAAAGUUUAAUUUUACACCUCGCCUAUUUAUCUUUGGAAGUUUAUCAGGAGAAUUCUCAGCCACUGAGUAUAUUUAUCCAUCAAGAGAGCCUUCUGUGAUUAAUUCCAUGCCCUUCCUUCAGGAAGACCUCUACACAGCCCCCCAGCCAGUUCUCUUCCUUGUUGACAAUCACCACGAAGUAUAUCUCUGGCAAGGUUGGUGGCCAGUCGAAAACAAAAUCGCAGGAUCUGCCCGAAUCCGGUGGGCUUCAGAUAGGAAAUGUGCCAUGGAGACUGUCCUACAGUACUGUAAAGGAAAGAACGUGAAGAAUCCUCCUAAAUCUUAUCUAAUCCAUGCUGGUCUUGAGCCUUUGACAUUUACUAAUAUGUUUCCCAGCUGGGAACACAGAGAUGACAUUGCUGAAAUCACCGAAAUGGAUGCUGAAGCUUCUAAUCAGAUCAUCCUGGUAGAAGAUGUGCUGGCCAAGCUGUGCCAAAAGUUUUAUCCACUUGCUGAUCUCUUAGCAAGGCCUCUUCCUGAGGGAGUAGACCCCCUUAAUCUUGAAAUCUACCUUUCAAACGAGGACUUUGAGACUGCAUUACAGUUAACUAGAGAAGAAUACAACACACUGCCUUCCUGGAAGCAGGUGAACCUCAAAAAGGCAAAAGGGCUUUUUUGAAAGGGCCAGUAUUGUCAUCAUGGGCUGGAGCUGGAGUGGAACAUGACCCGUUGACAUUUUCUGCACCUCUUGGCCAAAGUAGCAUGCCCAUUUUCACCCUCAAAAGAGAGAUUCUGCCUGAAGUUACUAGACUCUGCUAUCUGUUCUGAAGUCACACCAUAAUGUAAAUGUGCAAGAAGCAUCUUUGGAAGACAUUUGGUGGGCAACAACUCCAAAGUGCAGGCCAGGUUUAGAAUAUUAUGUUUUUUGUACUCUGAACAGGAACUUUUCUGAUUGCUGAUCCUUUGGCUACCCACACUACGUGUCAUUUGGUUUUUGAAAAAUGCUUUUUUUGUAAAGUGUUAUUUUGUUCAAGCUGUGGAUUUUCAAAAGGAUUUGUAUUUAUGUAAACGCAUAGGAGAAGGAUGUAUUGAACAAUUCAGUUUGUAUUAUUCAUUUUCAAUACUUUUGUAAAGAAAGUUCCAGGAAAGUAGCUAGACUUAUUAUUAUCUUGUAUUAUGGCUGAUUUUAUGGCCCUCUCUCUCUCCCCCACUUUUCUUCCUUCCCUCAUUCUGAGUGUUUUAAUUGCAAAAGUAUUAGUCUCAGAGCUGUUUCAGCUGCUAAACUGAACCAAGAAUUAUCAUAAACAUUUCUAGAAAAUCCACUGAAUCCAAAUUUAUAUCCCAAAAAUGUAUAGUGCCUUGUUUUGUUGUUGUUGUUUAUGUACAGUUUAUAUACCAAAACAAUUGGCCUGCUUUUUAAAAUGACUCAGAACAUAGUCUACUUUUAUAAUAGUAGAAACAAAAAAAAACCUCAGUUUAUAAUAAUGUGGCAAACAUAAACCAUCUUUUGUGAUAAAGACUUAAAGCAAGGCUUCAGAAUAAAUUUUUAGCAAUG